AUGUUCAAGAGCGGCCUCGCCCGGACCUUCGGGAGGGCUGCCUUUGCCCGACCGACCCCUGUGGCCCGUCGCGCUUUCGAGCCUCUCCGAUCCAAUGCUCUCCCUGCCCUGACUGCCAGGUACGCCAGCACCGAUGCUGGCCUCGUUGGAAAGAUUCACCAGGUUAUCGGUGCCGUUGUCGACGUCAAGUUCGACUCCGAGUCUCUUCCCCCCAUUCUCAACGCUCUUGAGACCCAAAACAACGGCCAGAAGCUUGUGCUCGAGGUUGCUCAACACUUGGGAGAGAAUGUUGUCCGCACAAUUGCUAUGGACGGUACCGAGGGUCUUACCCGUGGUGCUUCUGCCCACGACACUGGUUCCCCCAUCACGAUCCCCGUCGGUCCCGAGACCCUCGGUCGUAUCAUGAACGUCACCGGUGACCCCAUCGACGAGCGUGGUCCCAUCAAGACCUCCAAGCGCGCUGCUAUCCACACCGAGCCCCCUUCGUUUGCUGAGCAAUCCACCUCUGCCGAAGUCCUCGUUACUGGUAUCAAGGUCGUCGACUUGCUUGCCCCCUACGCCCGUGGUGGUAAGAUUGGUCUCUUCGGUGGUGCCGGUGUCGGAAAGACCGUGUUCAUCCAGGAGUUGAUUAACAACAUUGCCAAGGCCCACGGUGGUUACUCUGUGUUCACUGGUGUCGGAGAGCGUACUCGUGAGGGUAACGAUCUGUACCACGAAAUGCAGGAGACUGGUGUCAUCCAACUGGAUGGCGAGUCCAAGGUCGCUCUGGUCUUCGGUCAGAUGAACGAGCCCCCGGGUGCCCGUGCCCGUGUCGCCCUGACUGGUCUUACCAUCGCCGAGUACUUCCGUGACGAGGAGGGACAGGAUGUGCUGCUCUUCAUUGACAACAUUUUCCGUUUCACCCAGGCCGGUUCUGAGGUGUCUGCCCUUUUGGGUCGUAUUCCUUCUGCCGUCGGUUACCAACCUACUCUUGCCGUCGAUAUGGGUAUCAUGCAGGAACGUAUUACCACCACCCAGAAGGGUUCCAUCACCUCCGUCCAGGCCGUCUACGUGCCCGCUGACGAUUUGACUGAUCCUGCCCCUGCCACCACCUUUGCUCACUUGGACGCCACCACUGUGUUGUCUCGUGGUAUCUCUGAGUUGGGUAUCUACCCUGCCGUCGAUCCUCUCGACUCCAAGUCGCGUAUGCUGGACCCCCGUGUUGUCGGUGAGGACCACUACAACACCGCCUCGCGUGUGCAACAGAUGCUCCAGGAGUACAAGUCUCUCCAGGAUAUCAUUGCCAUUCUUGGUAUGGACGAGUUGUCCGAGGCCGACAAGCUUACUGUCGAGCGUGCCCGUAAGCUGCAGCGUUUCCUCAGCCAGCCUUUCACCGUCGCCCAGGUCUUCACUGGUAUCGAGGGUAGGCUGGUCGACCUGAAGGACACCAUCCGCAGCUUCAAGGCUAUUAUCGCUGGUGAGGGUGACGACCUUCCCGAGAACGCUUUCUACAUGGUUGGUGACUUUGAGUCUGCCCGUGCCAAGGGUGAGAAGAUCUUGGCUGAGCUCGAGAGCUCAUAG